AUUAUUAUUACAGUGUCAGAUUCUGAAAACGCAAAACAGAAGAACAGAGAAAAUGAAGAAACCAAAGCACCACCUGGCACAGCCACCGUCACCACGGCAACAACGAAGACGCAUCGUCGUUUUCAGACUCGGCAUUGCCACGCUUCUCUUCCUUCUCACCCUCAUCCUCUUCGCCGCAACCACACUAACCUCUCCCAUUCUCUCUUCCUACCUUCUUCCGACAUCAAUAACCGUCUCCAUCACGCGCUCCCUCUUCGUCGAAUCCAAACUCCACGCUCUCCCCAUUCCACCGCUCUCCGAUUCCGUUCCUCCGCGUCUCGCAUACCUCAUCUCUGGCUCCAAAGGCGACGCACACGCGCUUACGCGCACUCUCCUCGCGCUUUACCACCCGCGCAACCGCUACAUUCUCCACCUUGACCGCGAGGCCUCUGAAACGGAGCGUGGGGAGUUAAAGAGGUACGUGUUUGGACACGCGCUGUUCAUGAGGUUUGGGAAUGUGAGGUUGAUUUCAAAGGCCAACCUCAUCACGUACCGUGGGCCAACGAUGGUGGCGAACACGCUCCACGCGGCGGCGAUUGCUUUCUGA